CCGCGCUUACUACACAAUAAACAUAUUUAAGCAUCAAUGUAUGUUCCCGCUUUACGAUCUCGCUGAUUUUUCCAUCAAAACCCUCUCUCUCUCUCUCUCUCUCUCUCUCAUACACAGCUCAAUCAUCAUGGCUGUUGAAUGCCCAAAAACUCAAGAUGAGAAACACAACGAGCCAAAGAGCUCUUAUUUCAACUUACCAGCAUUGGAUGUUCCCAUUGCAUUCCCCCAAGCAACUCCGGCAUCCAUCUUUCCUCCUUGCACUUCGGACUAUUUUCAGUUUCAUGACCUAUUGACUCCUGAAGAACAGUCCAUCAGGAUGAAAGUAAGAGAGUAUAUGGAAAAAGAAAUAGCACCAAUAAUGGUGAAGUACUGGGAGAAGGCAGAAUUCCCAUUUGAUGUUCUUCCAAAGUUUGCUGCCCUAGGUGUUGUUGGUGGCUCAAUUAAGGGUUAUGGGUGUCCAAGCCACUCCAUUACAGCAAGUGUCAUAACCAUGGUAGAAACUGCCAGAGUUGAUGCAAGCUUCUCCGUUUUUCUUAUGACGCAUUCUUCUUUGGCAAUGAAAACUAUCGCACUAGCAGGAUCUGAAACACAGAAGCAGAAAUAUUUACCUUCAUUGGCACAAUUAAAAACCAUAGGUUCUUGGGGUUUGACUGAACCUGGCUAUGGAAGUGAUGCAAGUUCUCUAAAAACAACAGCGACAAAGGUUGCAGGUGGUUGGAUCCUUGAAGGUCAAAAGCGCUGGAUAGCAAACAGCACUUUUGCAGAUGUGUUGGUUAUUUUUGCUAGGAACACAAUAACAAAUCAGAUAAAUGGAUUUCUGGUAAAGAAGGAUGCCCCUGGACUGCAAGCUACUAAAAUAGAAAAUAAGAUUGGCUUGCGGAUGGUCCAAAAUGGAGAUAUUCUCCUUAAGAAAGUUUUUGUUCCUGAUGAGGACAAAUUACCUGGUAUCACUUCUUUUCGGGACACAAACAAGGUCCUUGCUUCUGCACGUCUCAUGGUUGCUUGGCAACUUAUUGGCAUUCCAAUAGGUGUCUAUGAUAUGUGUCACAGGUAUGAUAUAGCAUGGGGGGAUCUCACUAAUGUUCAGCUUUUCAGUUGUACCUUACUGAAAAGGUUGUUGAGUCCUUUUUGUCUCCUCUCUAAAAUCAAAUUGUGAAUUCCAAGUAAAAUUAGUGGAGAAAACCAGCGGAGUGUGGCAAGUGAAAU